CGAGGGUGCUAGGGGUGCGAGGUGCCCGAACCAGUAGCAGAAGUCGGGGUAGAGUGCUCGGAGAAGCUACCUUAUGAAAUACUUAUGAAAUAAGCGACGUCUGAGAGUCCAGCAGUCUAUCGCCUAUAGCUGAUGGCUUUUUCCUUACUCAAGAUCUGUGCCACUUUGGCCUAAGCAGCAUAAACUACGAGUGUUCAAUUUUGAACAAGGAAGAUGGAAGCAAAGGUCACUUCAAACUCUGUUACUGAGUCGGCCGUCAUCAAUGCGCCGCUGUCCUCGAUCUGGCCACUCCUGAGGCUGACCGAGUUUGAGAAGUUCUACACUGGAAUUAUCAAGACCGAGAUAGUCCCGUCAUCGGGCGAGACGGACAAGAAGACAAUCCGGUGGACUUUUGAUGAGGGUUACACCUUGGAUGUGCAGGAGGAGGAAUACUCGAACAUCAAGCAUUCCAUGUCUUUUAACAUCGUCAAAUGCGAGCCUUGGGGCCUUUCAUAUACAAGUGUGUUGAGUGUCAUCCGCCUCUAUUACAUUAGCAGCGGGUCUGAUCAGGGGAAAACAUUUGUGCAAUGGAGCGGGCAUUACUCAAGUGACGCGAGUGCAGAGGUUGUUUUAGAUGGCCACGUGAAACGUCGGGAGGCACUUGUCGACCUCGCCAGGGCAGUCGAGAAGUGAAUGAGAGAUGUAGAAGACUGAUGGGCUACAGUCCUUGUGACUACGGUGCUCGUGGAACACGCUGAUUGAUGCAGUCGCUCCGUCAUGUCCAGAUCUGCAAAAAAGCAAUGAAUAUCAUUAAAUGAUAUUAUCAAAUCUAUUCAGCUAUAGCUUCUAAGAAAUAAUGAAGUAUGAAACCGCG